AUGGAAGUAAUGAGAGAGUCUGCGGCUCAUUGGAUCAUGAUGCAUGAGCACCCAUUUAACAUUUUGGAGGAAGUAGGAUUUAACAUCAUGAUGAAACGAGGAAUGCCAGAGUGGAGAAAGAUUAGUAUAAGCACAAACAGAUCAAACUGUUUGAAGGUUUAUGAACUUGAAAAGAAAAAGUUGAAGCACAAUCUUGAAUCCGUUAGCAAAAUAUGUGAUGCUAUAUUUAGGUGCAUGAAAGAUUGGGGAAUUGAAAAGAAGGUUUUUACAAUUACGGUUGAUAAUGCUACUAGUAAUGAUUCUGCAAUUCGGUACAUGAAGGAUACACUUCAAAGAUCAAGAAGUUUGGUAUGUGGAGGUCGUUUAUUUCAUGUUCGAUGUUGUGCACACAUUUUGAACUUGUGUGUUCAAGAUGGAUUAGACGAGAUUCGACAUGUCAUUAGGGAUGUUAGAGAUAGUGUCGAAUAUGUGAACCGAUCGGAGGCAAGACGUAUACAGUUUGCAGAUUGUGUGCAGCAAUUACAGUUGAAAGAUAGAAAAUUGAUCCGUGAUUGUAAAACAAGAUGGAACUCGACUUUUGAGAUGCUAAGUUGUGCACUCAAGUUUAAAGAAGCGUUUAAGAUGUUAAAUGAUCGUGAUCCAUUCUUUGACAGUUGUUGUGGGUACCCUACUUCAAAUUUAUUUCUUCAAGAAGUUCAGAAAAUCAAAGCAGCCUUGGAUAGUCAUGCAAAUGAUGAGGAUUCCUUCAUUAAGGAUUUGGUUGGGAAAAUGAAAAUGAAGUUUGAUAAAUAUUGGGGUGAGUGUAAUUUGUUGAUGGCUAUAGGUGCUGUUUUUUAUCCAACAAAGAAGAUGCUUGCUGUUGAGUUUUGUUUUCCUAGACUGUAUUCUGAUAUUGAAGCUAAGGAAAACAUUUCAAAAGUGAAAGAGAUCAUCAAUACUCUUUAUGAAGAGUAUGUUGCUGAAGCAAUGAACAAAGGCAUUUCUGAAAAUUUAGGUUCUUCUACAACUUUUGGGAGCCAAGUAAGCCGUCAAAAUUCUACAUACGAUUGGGAUGAUUUUGAUGAUUAUUGUGCUCAAGUUGAAACUUCAGAGCCUAAGAAAUCAGAGUUAGCAGACUAUCUUGAAAAAAGGCCGUCUUAA